AUGCUAGGUAAUGCGAAGGGUCGUGGAGUAAUCGAAGAUUUGCCUCGUUCUGGACGUCCAUCAACAUCAAAUACUGAAGAAAACGUGCCAAAAAUCAAGAAAAUUGUGCUAGAAGAUCGUCGUAUGACUGAAAGGGAGAUUGCUCGUGACUUAAAUAUCUCAUAUGGAUCCGUUCAUCACAUUCUACGUGAUAUAUUGGGGAUGACACGCGUUGCAGCUCGACUUGUACCGAAACACAACAAUCGAAACCAGUCAACAAUCAAAAAUCUUUCAUCUUGCUAUUCGACAUCAUUACGUCCUCCCGCUUUAUGCGAUCACAAAGUUGGUUAUAGUUAUAACACAAUAGCUUAUCCGAGUAUCAACAAAUUCAGACUAUUAUAA